UUAUUUUCUAAUUAUAUCAUAGCUAAGCUAAUACAGUCCAAUUCUCAGCGGAGUUUGCUUAUUGUACAAAUUAUUUUAUGUUUUAAAAAAUUUAAGUCAUCAAAUUGUCACACAUGCUCAUUUAACCAUCCUAAAACCCUUUUUAGAAUUUUUUUUUUUUAUUAAAAUUUUCAAGCACUGACAGAAUUAAUUUAAGAAUUUGACAAACUAAAAUAAGCAUGGUUUAAAUUAUUUGAGGUCAAAGGUGACUGUAAGAAAUAACUUGAGUUUUGUGCUGAUCUGGUUUAGCCAUGUGAAUUUGCUAAUAAGCAAUACUGCAAAAGCACCAUAAAGACAGACAGACAGACAGACAGACAGACAGACAGGCAGGCAGAUAGCUGUUGCUAUGGUGAGGUUCUCAAAUGUAUUUAGCGCAUGUAGCGUGUUUUGACCGUUCGAAACGCUUUUCAAAAGAUAUAAAUAGUUAUAUGUAUAAUUAAAAAAGACGUUUAAGCCCCCUCAAACUUCUUAUUCGACCUCCUUUGGGAGGUCAAGCUUUAACCGUAGACAACAACACCUGUUGCUGUGUUCUCGUGAUUUGCAGCGUCUUGUCUUCGCCGCUGGGCGGAGCUACAACCGCAAGCUUGACGUCUGCAGACAACAAGCGCCAUCUGUUUCCCUCGUCCUUCUCUAAAACAAAACGUCGAACAAUAGUGAAAUAUGGUGACGAAGCGAAUUAGGUCAGAAUACAUGAAGAAAUUUAAAGAUCCGAGAUGGGACACUUACGCAAAGUGUUAUGAGGAUUUGCUGAAGUACAGACUGUCAAGACGGCUGUUGGAGCAAGCGCACAAGCCCUGGUUCUGGGGAGAAUGGGGGAGCGAGACAGGCUCCAGUGGUACAUCUACUCCUCUAAGUCGGAAUAAAGUUGAACCUGAGAGGAUCCAUGAUGAGAAAGCAGAACGAUCUGCUUGUGUGACACCAGAACCACCGGCAGAAGAAGAUCUGGACAGAGGCGCAGCAAACACCAAGCUAGUUGCCAGAGUUGCUGAGCAGAGUCAUCAAGAGGAGGAGAGAGCCAGAGAAAGCUCUCCUGCUCUCAAUCCAGAAACUGAUACACAUAUCCUGAACUCACCAAAGAGCAAACGCCUCUCCUCACACAAGUUUACAAGAUCGAAGGUCAAGCCUCAUGCAACCAAAGACCCUGAAAAAGAAAAUCGUCACCCUUUUGCCCUGUAUGGUGGGGGGGAGAGACAGACAGAUAUGGCUUCCAAGAAAACCCAUAAUGUUGGUCCAGCAGCAUCAACUGCAGAGAUCCAUGAGUCAGCGAUGCGAGCAAGAACACGACGAGAGGUGGAAAAACAGAUAAAGAGAUCUGACAAACAAAGAGCCAGAUCUGCUGACGUCGAAAAUAACAGAAAUAAGAUUGUCCCGGAUUUCAACCCCUGGAUGACAGAGUACAUGCACUGCUUUUCAGCUCGUUCACGGUAGUAUUGCUUUCUGAAAUCCUUUGAAAAUGUCAGCGUCUGUCUAAACCUCUCAGACCAAUCGAGCCAAAAUACUGCACAUGAUGACUGGCGCAUCUGUCCAGCUCACUUCCCGUCUUCCAGAAUGGGCCACAAUAAAUUAUAACUCAAGUUUUCUUAGGGGUUUAUUUACACCAUGGAUAUGUUGUAUUUACUGGUACAUAUCAAACAUGAAAACACAAUCAUUUGAUGCUACAGGGCAAAUUGUUAAACACUUGCAUUGUUGCAUGAUAUUUGUGAGCUGUGUAGAUUUACAGGCAAUGCGAUUUACCAGUGUCUCUUUGCACUCUUAGCCAACUACUUAAUGUUUUCAGACAAUUAUAGACACAUAAUUCUAUUUAUUUUAACGUUGUGUAUUAUCUAAAUUGUGUUAGAAGUUAGGUUUAAUAUAAAGAAAUCAGUUUUUUACAGAAAUCUUUUGCGCCAAUGUGAAUCUUUGUAAUGUGUGAUAGUCUCAAAUUGGCAAUCGAUCCAUUAUAUUAAUAUCUGCUUUCUUUUAUAAGAGAUGUAUUAUAUUUUACUUGUGUAUUCACACUGAAUGUGCAUUCCAUGUUGUAUUUAUUGUAUCAAAACAGUAAUAUCAAAAAGUCACUGGUAUCUGAAGCAUGAAACGUACACUGCAAAAUCAAGUUUGAAUGAGAUCAUACACAGCAAAAUUAAUUUUAGCUGUCCAUCAAGCAUAACUAUCAAUUUGAUGCUAUUUGGUUUUUAGUAGCACUCAGGUAUUUCUUGUAUUUUAUGUAAUUUAUUAAGAAAUGAAAUUGGGAUAUUUGUACACCGUUUAUAUAAUGGUAUUGAACUAAUUUUGACUUGUCUCUAAACAAAUGUGUUGUAUGAACAAAUGUAAAGGGUAUGUUUUUUCCAAUGUCAUAUCUAAAUAGUGAUUUAUGGCAUGUACUAUGUGAAUAGUGUUGGUGUUAGGGUAAAAAAAAUGAAGCCAUGUUUAUGAGCUAGAUUUAUAUGAUUAAUAUCCAUUCCACUGUCUGCUAUGGAAGCAGUUUUGAAGGGUAUUAAAGUUUAAGAGUUUAUAUUACUGCCUGUGAAACUGAGAUGUAAAUGUGAUAAUAGCUUUUUAACACUUUCUUUACAAGGACACAGUCUAGUAUUAAUUUUUUGUUUUCAGUCGUAACAUUGCUGUUACGAGAAUAGUAUGUUAUAAUAGUAAAAUAAAGUUGUUGUUUUUUAUAAGUGUAUUAUGGAUGUAAAAGUAGUUUUCAUGUUUGUAGGUAAGGAUAGUUUGUUCACAAGCUUUCUGCAGUAUUAUAUGAAACUCUUUUCUCACCAGUAUACAAGGCAGAUUUUUAAAUUGCCAACUCAUUACAGCACGCUGUUCCUGGACAUCAGGAUUCUGUGAGCUUGCCCAGACCUCGUCCAUGUAUCAGACCCAAGGAGCACUUUAAAUGUCUGGCAAAGUCCCCUUGUUUACUUUAAUAAAAAUAAUAGAAGUAAUUUGUUCCAUACAGAAAGCUCUUCAGGAAGUUUUACACAAAUUACACUUAUUUUACAAACACUGAUUUUACAUUCAGCAGCUAAAUUGUACAUUUGAUUAAGUAAGUUUUGAAUUAGUUCUUUACAUCAGUGCUACAAAUUUUUUUUUUUUUUUUGUAGGUCGAUGUAAAGACACAAGGUUAAUUAAAAACGAAGAACCAACUACCAUUCAGUGCAAAUGUUAAUCAUGACUGGCAACUUUCCCAUUUUACAUUUUCACAAACAUAAAAUCUUCAUAUAAAGACAAUGACACAAUAUGAAGUUGGGUCACAUUGAUUUAUCAUUAAUUUUCGGUGCAAGCAAAUUUGAGAUAUGUUCACUUAAAAAUGUAUGAAUGUAAGUACAGGGGACAAGUAGAGGGAAAUUAAGAAAAUACAUUUCCUCAA